UCAAAAGCAUUGGCCCCGGAUGUGUCAUGGCGUCCAAUUAUGUGCCUGACGUUCUAGUGCUCUUAUGGUCCCGAUAAACUUCUAUAUAGGCUUUAAAAUACGUCAAUUUGCUGACCAUACAGUUCUACAUCGGCCUAGUAUUAAUGGUAAUGCAUGCAAGGAAACUUCCAAGGCUCAGCGAUGGGUAUUUUGACAGAACUCAGGCCCAUCCGUACGAGAACUCGAGCAAGUACAGCUCAAAGUCUAACCUUGGAAGUCGAUACAACGACAAAGUCCGUGAGUCGCCUUCAAAUGGUAGCCAUAGCCGGAUGGGUAGCCCAGACAGCCGACACAGCCCACGCUACCACAAAUCAUCGUACAACCAGAGGCUCAAAGAUCGAGAGAAAGACCAUGAAAGAGGGUACAUUAGGUACGUUCACGAAAGCAAGUACAAGAAUUCCUCAUCAGGGUCAAGCAAGUCACCAGCCUACAAGGACCGAUUCAGCAAGAAUUCAGCAGCAUUGGGCAGCAGUUCAAGCACCAGUGCAAAAGAUGUGCACUUGUCCAAACCUCGGCCAGUGGACACCACUACCCAUCGUACCAAUCACGAGAAAAGCCAUGUUGAGCAACAGCAGCAGCAGCAACAGCAGCAGCAGCAGCAGCAGCAGCCGCAGCUGCUGCAACAACAGCCACAGCUGCAGCAGGAACAGCCAGCGGAGUGUAAGGACAGGCGUCAGCAGGUGGGGGACUGGUCAGAGCAUGUCAGCUCAUCUGGGAAGAAGUACUACUACAACUGCAGGACUGAGGUCUCUCAGUGGGAGAAGCCCAAGGAGUGGAUUGAUUGGGAAAAACAACAGCCUGGCAGCAAUAGCAGUGGAGCCAGCCAGCCUACACCCACUGACCCAGGUGGGGGGCGGCCUAAGUCGCGCACACAGCAACGGACACCGACUUCCGUGGCUUCUCCAGCACCCACAACAGCUUCGGGUGCUACCACAGCUACUGUCACUACUUCCAACAGCAACAUCCAGCAGAACGAGAAGCAUUCCACUGGCAGCAGCAGUAGCAGUAGUAGCAGUAGCAGCAGCAGCAGCAGCAGCAGUAGCAACUCUGUGGUGUCUAGUUCGACCCGAGCUUACCAGCAGCCAGCAACAAGGCAACAGAAUGACACCCGCAAGUGUUUGCAGCAGCGCAACGUGGAUCCUCGAAAAGAUGCGCAGACACAGGACAUGGACAUUUCUCCACCAGGGGGAGGUGGGAACACGCCAAACAGUACACCUGAUCCAGCCCGCGCAGCACCCCCGAUGCUUCUGCCUCAGUCGCCAGUGACGCUUGCCCAGCUGCCCAAGAUGAUGUCGCAGCUGGCUGGCACACGUGGACUCCCCAAGCUGGAUGACAUGUCGCCGCAGGAAGCAUUUAGAACCAUACAGCAAGCUAUCCAGUUGACAAAACAGGCACAAAGUAAAAAAAUAAAGUGUUUAUUCAUCAGCUCAGGGCAAAGGCAUGACGGAGGAACUGGAGUGGCUGGAAUGACGGCUCAGGUGGAAUCGACCAAGGAGGCUGCCAGUUCAUCACCUUACCAGGGUUUGCACCCUGGCCGCAGCCUACCACCCCUGCAGCAGCAACUGGUGCCAGCUGACAAGCUCCUGGUAGAUGCAGACCGACGUGGUGCUUCACCUGGCUCUGACUACAGUGCUCACUCUGCCAGGUCGAGAGACAGCCCAACCUCCAGCGUGAGCAGUCUACACAGCCUCAGCGGCACAGGCUCGCUUGUAUCUGCUGUGCUCAAGCCCUCGGCCCCCAGCCUGACCCCAUCAUUGGCGAACUACUACAACGAGUCACUCAUUGAACAUGUCACAGGCUGGCAGGCCGACCAUGCUGAGCGACAGGCAAACCGGUACAGCGAGGAAGCGCACAGCUUAGGAAGUUUAAACUGCACACGAGUUUCGGCUGAGCUCAAAAUGGCCCGCUCUCUUGUUCGAUUGUCUGAAAUUCAAGCAACAGUACAAGAACAGAGGUCCCUAUUUUUACGACAACUAAUUAAGGAGCUGGAGGAGCUGAAAAGCCAGGUGAACUUUAUGUCUGACUCAUAGUGAGUUUAGGUCAAGUUUUAAGGAACCAAGUUGCCACAUGGAGCAACGCCGGCCGGACCCGGCGUGCAGCACCAGCAGCAGCCUGCCGAGCCACACCACCUCUUUUUUACACAGCGCCCGGUUUCGAGCAGUGCGCCCUCCCCAACCAGUCCUGCCGUCACAGCGGGGCGGUCGGCAUGCUCGCCAUUAUGCCGAGUUCGUCGUCAUCGGUCACGAGCGCCGAGUUCUGUACAUAACACACUUGACGGGAGAAAAAUGUUCUCAAAUAAAAAUUAGCCUCGUGGCCGCAUGCGCGGUGAAUAGCCACUCGGUGAUGCAAGGAGUGGUCUGGAUGUGCAUAGCCUUCCGUGUGCCUUGCACGCUUGUGGACAUUUUGGUAAUUUUGACAAAAGGCUGGCACAUCUGUCUGGCUGCCAUGUGUGUGUUGUACAUAUAAUGCGCAACCCCGGUCAUGCACGACCACUCUCCCGGGUUUCUCUGUUUCCUUUGUUGUAUAUUUCGAUAGCAUCUUGAAAAGGGGUUUCAGUCCUUGGCUGAAACCAGCACUUGCAGUGUACAUAACAUCUCUGUCUCUGCUCUGUGUGUGUGUGUUUUUUCAUCACUGCGCAUUGGGGUAACUGUACUACAUGGUUUUUCAUACUGGAGGUAUGCGGUUGAAGGAAUGGACAUUUAAUAAACUGACGUGUGCAAUGCUUUCUCAAUUCUGAUACUUGAGCUUGUCCCAUGUGUGGGAUGCUGGCGUACAGUGCACACCUUCUCUUCCUCUGCGUGUCCAUGCUGUGCAAAGCUGGUCGGGCUGUGGUUGGCAACUUAAAAACAUUGCACAACACACCAGCACUUUGAUUCUGCUAGCCAGUUGUUUUACGUUGCAACCAGGUGUGCGUCCAAAGAGACAGCCCAACAACCAGUUUUCUUGCUCUGUGCACUUUGUUGAUGGGCUCCAUUACUGUUUAGCCUGAAGCUGUGUUGUGUUCAGAGGUGCAGUAAGCCACUGCUGUAAAAGAUUAGUGCUUUCCAUUUCUUCCGUGUUGGGCCUCUUUUGUUGGACAAAUGGAGUAGCGCUGCUUUACAAAUGUCAAGAAAUGCCGAAUGACCUGUCUUUCCUUCUGUUUUCUUCAAGUGCCCACACCACAGAUUUGUGACAUACUGCUAAUGGGAUUGAAAGCAGGGGUACUUUUAUUUUCCUGGUGUCCAUACAUCUUUCCUUUUCUCGCCUAGGUGACAUUUAUGAAAAAUAUACAAUGCUUCAAAAGGAGUGUAAUAAACCGAGUUUGUUGCGCA